GAGGAAGGAAAGAGGAAGUGAUGUCAUUCCUCUUCUGGCUCAGCCUUUGGUGCAUUGUCAAAGAAGCCACUGUCACAUCCUCCAUUUUGCUGAACUGCUCAGUUGAAAAGGAAGACUUACAUCUUCCCACAGAUGACAAGACGGAGUUUGGGAAAAAGCAACAUUUCAGAAGUGGCCCUUUUAAUAAGACUGAACUGAAUGCAACCUUCUUUGCAACUCAUUCCUUGAACGGUUCACACUCUCUUAGCACUGAAUGCGACUGCAUAAUGGACUUCUUAGCAUGUUUGUUAAGAGAUCAUAUUCUUGCUGGGUUCAUUGUCUCCAUCUUCAUAGCUGGGCUUUUGGGAAACCUAAUCCUCUUCUUUUUUCUUCUCUUCCACUUUAAAAGGAAUUCAUGGACUGCCGGCAUUUGGAAUUUAGCCAUUGGUAGUUUUGGGGUCCUCAUUUUCUUGUGCAGUAUCUGUCUAUUAGCGUUCAAUAAUUAUAUUUGGGAGAACUCAAGCAAUGCCCUUGUUAAAUUGCUGCUUCCUCUGGCAUACCUGUUUCUAGUCAUGCAGGGUUAUAACACUCAUUUUUUCAUGUCCGUCGGGGUGGAUCAGUGUUUUGCCCUACUUUCCCCAAGUUGGCGUAAGUGCCACCAAUCAACCUAUAUGCCUUCUGUUAUAUCUGCCAUUUUGUCUGUCCUUCUCUGGCCUCUAACGUGUCAGAUGUUAUUCUUCUUCAACCUGGGUGUUGACACCCACACAAUCAUUGUUGUCUCCUUGAUGACUUUUGUUCCACUUAUGGUCAUCUCCACUCAAACCUUGAUUAUGAGGAUUUGGUGCAAUCUACACCAACAAGGGAAAGUCCCUCUAGAAAUUAUAUUGGGAAUCCUGUUCUCCCUGGUCACUUGGGGACCCAUACGUUUGUUUCUUACGUCAAGUAACCAUUUGGCCCUCAUCUCAUUAUUAGCAUUUGUGCUCACUUCUGUGAGCAGCACCAUCAACCCUGUAUUUUAUAUUCUUAUUGGGAAAGUACUUCUUCCUGAUGCCAAAA